GUUGCUACGUUGUGCAAAAGUUCUGUUGUCUUGAAAUCCACAUGACGACACAAACAGCAAGUAACACGUAGCUAGUUGCGUCAUUACGCUUACGCAAUGUUGUGCCAAAUCUGGAGGGAAAAAAUCAAGCAGCAACGUUUUAUCUGGCUAAUAAAUGAAGUCAGCGGAGGAAACAAAGAUUCGGAGGUUCGUUUCUGGACAACUCCGUGAUUGUUCUGACCUAAGCACAUUGACUCUUGGCAUCUUAAGAGGGCGGUAUUUGGCAUGUGUUGGCCGGGACUCACUAAACCAGGAGGACAGACAGUUGAUGAAGAGAGUGGUAGAGGAGGAACUGCUGAGGAUGCAGGUAAAGAUGUUUGACAGUGACAGCAGUGACAAUGAAGCCAUUAUCCACGUUACGCCGACGCCUCUCCACAACAAACGGAAGAGGGGUGAGGAGGAGGGGAAAGGAGGCAGGACCAAAGCAGAUGGAUCCAAGGCAAAGAGAUCUCGGCUUCAGUCGGCCCAAUCAGAUUCCCCAGAUUCUGGACUCGAGAGAGUGGGAAAUCGAGAAAGGCAGAUGGUGGAAGAAGAGGAGGGGAAGGACAUGGGAAGUGUUGAGCAAGUUUCCCAAAUCGGCACCAAGAAAAACAAAGGGGGACACAAAGGAGUACACAAUGGUGGGAAGAAUGAAACUAGCUCAGAAAAUGAUGUUGAGAUCAAAACGGUGAAUCGGAGGAAGAGAGAACAUGACUCUGAAGUUGAGGAAGAAGAUUUUGAGGAGAACAAAAAGAGGAAACGAGAUGAAACCCACAAACAGGAAAAGGACAAAGUCAAUUCAGAAAGUGACUCUGAAGAGGAUAAAAAAAGAGCGGGAGGAAAAGAAAAUGUCGAUGUGAAAGUGAAAGUGCAGAGCAAGUGUUUGAAAAGGAGGGAGAGUGGAAAUGAGGUAAAGGGAAAACCAUUGCAGAGAAGAGAAAGAGUGCAGGUUGUUGGGAGUGACUCAGAGUACAUUGGAGAGGCUGAAGUAAUGGCGCAGAAAGGGGUAAAAAUACAAAGAAAUGACAACGACUCCAGGUCAGAGAGUGAGGGAGAAAGGAAUGACGGUACAUCUUCAGAGGAAGCCAGCGGGGGAGAGGAUGAAACCCAAGAAGUGAUGGCUAAGACAAAGGAUGAGCCAGCCCAACACUCUGACUCUGGCUCAUCCCUCCCAUCAUUGGAGGACGAACAGGAAAGUGAGGUCAGGCCAGAACAGAUGAAAAAGAGGAAGUCUGUGGCGAAGCGGCCAAUAAAGGGUGAGAGCAGUGAGCGUGGAUCCAAAGGUGGAAAGGACAACACGGCGGUAGCCAGGCUGAAGCGUUACAUCGCCCUCUGUGGUGUGAGACGGAACUACAAGAAGCUCCUGGAUGGCUGCUGCUCCAUCAAGUCAAAGGUGGCUGUGCUGAAGAGGGAGCUUGAAGAACUGGGUGUCGAAGGCCAGCCUUCUAUAGAGAAGUGUAAGAAAGCCAGACUUAAGAGAGAGGAGGCUCAGGAGUUGGCAGACCUCGACGUCUGCAACAUCAUAACUACACAAGGUCGUCCAAAGCGGAGAGGGGUGUCCAUAUGGCAGCAACAGUCCUCCCCUCCAUCCUCUGCUUAUAAGCGUGUAGUCAACUCAAGCUCAGACAGUGAAGAGGACAGUCACGCAGGCAGGGGGCGCAAGAGAGCCACAGACUGGAGUAAUCUGCAGGGGAUCAUCAGUGAUGACGCAGACAGCAACUGACAGGCUUUGCUCUUCUGGUCAGGAGGAUCAAGUUGCCUCCAGACUAAAGUCUUCACAGGUCCAAAAAGUUGGACCAGUACCGAAAUGGACCUUGGGCUUUCCCACCCGGACCCGAUAUGCAUAAAACAUUCUAGACCCGUUCCUGGUCGGCUCCACAUCCGAUCCGAAUGAGAAAAGAAACAGAAAAUUAUUUUAUUUUUUAAGCUACUUUAUUCUGGAAACGAACCCGACCGGGUAUUUGGGUACAGAUGGGUCCGUGAAGACCUUCACUUUUGCAUUUUCCUCUACAUUAUGGAAGCUUAGUUGUUGGUUGUUUUACUGCUCAUUUAGCUUAAUGUUGUCUGUAUGGUUCUCAGAUACACAUGAUUAAGGUCUAGAUUCAAUCACACCAGCAAUGGCAAACACUUGCAUAGCAGAUGUUUUGGUGGUGUCAGAGAUGGAACUGUGUUUGUGCUGUCAAAUCUGUGAGCAGCUGCUGUUGCAGUCAUUGUCACAAAGCCACUGGUAUUAAAGUCCACAAUGAGGAAGUGUCGGCUAUAUAGAAAUAAUUACACUCAAAUUGAAAAUCAUUAACGAAAUAAUGAGGAUUUGUAUCAUCCUAAUCGAGGUGUAGAUUGCAUCUCACAUUCCAGUGUUCGAACUUGUAAACAAGGCUGAAUGGAAUUUCUGUUAUGAGUGACUCCGUGCAGCCAAUGGCAAAGUCCACAUUAGGUGUAAUGCUUGGAGCCACUAGUGGAUUUGACAGCUUUAAAACAGUUCGACCUCUGACACCACUUGCUUUCUGAAGCGGAUCUGAUUGAAUAGAGCCCUAAAUCAGUUUCUUCCCUCAUUAAAACACUUAGUUGUAGGCUAAACAAACCUUUGCAAUAUAAGCUUUUGCCUUAAUUACUUCAGUGUUGCCAUGUACAAAGAAAAAAGGUAUAUUCUUGUAUAUAGGUACGCAAAUGUGACUUUUCCUUCUAUUGCCGUACAGUUUGAGACACGUUAGGUUAGCUGUUGAGUCAAGUGUGUGAUUUAUUAAUAUUAGUGCUGUGUUCUGUUCCAUUUAAGUCAUGAACCAAUAAAGCUUUAGAUUUGUAUAAA